ACUAGUGUGAUCAUGAAAAGUUGCAAACGUCCGGACCCACCUCCAUAAUUCCCUCUCCAAAGUCAAAUUUAUUUGGAAUGCCGACUGUUACGUUGAUUGAAAUAUUCACUGUAGGGCCUAUUCUUCAUUCUUCAGGACAUUUUGAACACGUCAAAACUUUUUAAUACACAGUUACGCGUGGCAUUGUUAUUGAUGCCACAUUCACGGAUCUAUGGAUUAGAUACUCUCUAGACCAGUAUGGUGGAUAGCAUCUAUCGGACACGCUCACUCGGUGUAGCGGCCCAGGGUAUUCCUGAUCAGUAUGCUGAUGGCAAGGCGGCUAAGGUCUGGGAGUACUACAUCGGAAGCCGGACAGAGAGGACGGAGAGCUACCAACAUUUCCUGGUGGAUCUCUUGAAAUCGCGGAAGUGCAAUCACUUACUCGAUGUAGCUUGUGGAACAGGAAUUGACUCCAUAAUGCUGCUUGAAGAAGGCUUUCGGGUCAUGAGUUGCGACGCCUCGGAUAAGAUGGUCCUGCAUGCUUUCAGGGAGCGGUGGGCCCGGCGUAAGGAGGAGUGCUUCGACAACUGGGAAAUCGAGGUGGCCAACUGGCUGACCCUACCGGACGAUAUCUCCAAGGAAGGGGACGGCUUUGAUGCCAUCAUCUGCCUCGGUAACUCCUUUGCCCACCUUCCAGACUUCGAGGGCACUCAGGAGAACCACCGUGUGGCCCUCACUAACUUUUACGCCAUGCUGAAGCCAGGCGGGAUCCUGAUCAUCGACCAUCGGAACUACGAUGCCAUCAUAGACACUGGAAGGGCCCCAAUAAAGAACAUCUAUUACAAGGGCAACUGUCUCAAAGACAUCCAGACAUCAGUGCUGUAUGUCAACGGCCGGCCCUCCAUGGUGACGCUCGACUACUUCAUUGCCGUUGACGAAAUGGCCAAGUCGGAAAAAGUCCGCAAGAAAUUGGCACUUGAUGAAUCGGUCUACAAGUUCCGUCUGUCGUACUACCCCCACCGCCUGAACGCCUUCACAGACAUUCUCAAGAAGUGCUUUGGAGAAAACUGCAAGCACUCCGUCUACGGGGACUUCAAACCCUUCAAGGAAGGCGAUAAGCCGUCCUACUACAUUCACGUCAUCGAAAAACCCUUGGAAUAAACCCCUUCAACGACAACUGUAAUUAUUCCGAUCAAUUUCAGCUGGGAGUCACCUCAAUAAAUAUCCAAGAGAAAUUGAGGGGAAAUCUGGCAUUUGAUGCAGAAUUCUGAACAAACUUGCCCAGAAUCUUACAGCAAUGAAAUGUUCAGUUUGCAAGCAAAUGCUGAUAACUUCAUCACAAGAACAUUCCAGGUAAAUUGUUCAGAAUCGUGCUACUAAUACAAAAUUGAAUGGGCCUUUUGCGGAUAAGCUUGUUUGAGACUUGUCACGAAUAUUUAACCCCCCUGCUAUCUGAACACUCACAGACAGUCAAAAAAAUCAAUCCUCUUCCCUGCCAUGCCUUUUACACAGGCUAGUCACCAACAGUCAGAUCAUAUUUCAAGCAAGCACUUGUGGCUUAUCAAAUCAAGUCUUCAGAACCCACCACCCCACCUUGCGGAGGUCGGGCGACAUGUGAGAAAUUUCUGGCUACUUUCCAGUAUGUAUGGUCUAUUGACAGAUUUGUCGUCACACAAAAUUUGCGGCCACUUUUCAGAAAAAUUACCCAUGUCGCUAAAAAAAAA